CAUCGAGCUUUACAAUUCCAACGACUCAAUCCGCCUCACAACAUCAACGAAAAAGCACCUCUGCAAUAUCAAUUCGCCUCAAUCAGUAUCAUCAGCGCUCCUUAACCUAUUGUUCACAAGAGAUAAGCUAAAGACCAUCUCUUGUCAUGGUGGAUCUCAUUCGAGAAGCGCCCCUUGGCCACAUCAUUCGUCUUUUGUCUGGCAACAGAUUCCUUCAAUACCCAGAAGAGCGAGAUGACUUCGUUCUUCCACCACAGUACACGGCUCAACUCAACGGAGAAGAAGAAAAGCAGCAAGCAGCAACCCGUGUACGAACUUCCGCCUCCUCAUCUGAUAUCGAAACCGAUCUCGAAAAUAAUACAACGUCGAGGGUCAAAAGCCGAGCGGAGAGCAUGCCAUACAGCCAAGAACGAUUCGAGAUAGAACAACAGCUUGCUCUCGAGAGGACCAAGACUAUACCCAUUAUCCCGAAGAAAACAACGGAUGGUAUCAUUCUGGUCGACUGGUACACUUCAGAUGACCCUGCCAACCCGCAGAACUGGUCUCCUAGAAAGCGAGGUUUCGUCAUAUUCGUCAUGUGCGCUUAUACCUGGGUAGUCUAUACCGGAUCUUCGAUAUAUGCUGCAGGUGAGGGAGGUGUCAUGAAACAAUUUACCGUCAAUGCAACCGAAGCCAUCCUGCCUCUUUCAUUGUACGUCCUCGCGUAUGGUGUUGGCCCCCUCCUUUUUGCGCCUCUAAGCGAGAUCCCAAUUAUCGGUCGAAACCCGCUCUACUACAUCACAUUCAUCCUAUUCUUCGCCUUGUCGUUUCCAACAGCUGUAGUCGAGAAUUUUGCAGGUCUCCUGGUGUUGAGGUUCCUUCAAGGAUUCUUUGGCAGUCCUGCUCUGGCCAAUGCAGGCGCAACUUUUUCCGACAUGUAUUCGCUACUGUACGUCCCAUAUACUCUCAGUUGGUGGGUAUUCUCUGCUUGGGCCGGACCAGCUCUGGGAUUCUUGAUAGCUGGGUUUGCGAUUUCUGCUGAAAACUGGAGGUGGUCGCUUUGGGAAAUCGUUUGGAUGGCAGCGCCAAUAUUGAUCCUCCUCCUCACCGUUACACCAGAGACAUCUACACCUAAUAUAUUGCUGCGACGAGCUCAAAGACUUCGAAAGAUUACUGGUGAUUCCAGGCUUCAAGCUCAGAGUGAGAUUGAUCAACGUCAUCUCACUGUCUCUGGCGUUGCUAUCGAUGCACUUAUCAAGCCUAUCGAAAUUACGCUCAAAGACCCUGCGAUAUUGUUUGUCAACAUAUAUACUUCUCUCUUUUACGGUAUCUAUUACACGUUCUUCGAAGUGUUUCCGAUCGUGUUCGCUCCAAUUUAUGGGUUCAAUCUUGGGGAAAUUGGUCUGGCUUUCCUUGCUUGUCAAGUCGGUGCAGGUAUUGGUCUUAUCACAUAUUUCUGCUACCUCCACUGGUAUAUGAUACCCGACAACAUUAAGAAUGGCCUCAGAGCUCAGGAACAUCGUCUUGUGCCUGGAAUCAUAGGAUCCUUCAUGUUGCCGAUAGGACUAUUUAUCUUCGCUUGGACGGCUCGACCAAACAUUCACUGGAUUGUCCCACUUAUCGGCGUCGUAAUCUUCGUAGUUGGGAUGUUCUUCAUUCUACAAAGUAUCUUCGUCUAUGUUCCACUGUCGUAUCCCAAGUACGCUGCCUCGUUGUUCGCUGGCAAUGAUCUGUGUCGAUCUGCAAUGGCCGCCGGAUCCACCCUUUUCGCGAGACCUUUGUUUUUGAACUUAGGAGUCGGGAAGGGUGUCUCUGUUCUUGCGGGACUGAGUACCUUGGGAAUCUUUGGUAUGAUCACUAUUUUCUUCAUUGGUGCUAAGCUCAGAGCAAGAUCCAAAUUUGCUCAGUCUUGAACGUCCUGAUAAUAACAUCGUGCCACUUACUUGGACGACGUCGAUGGUUCUGCAUCAUGAACAGCGUGUUUCGAGUUCUAAUUAUUGGCUGAAUUGUCCUUAGUCGCGAGGACUUUCAUUUCUUUUCAAUGUGGUUGGAGC